AUGAGCACGAAGGACGAGCGAGGAUGGGAUGCGAUGGCGGAGAGGUUCUGGAGGGAGGAGGCGGGCAGGAGCAUGCAGUGGGUGCAGGGGCGGUUUGAUAGCCAGAACAGUCAAGCUUGGAGGUACGGGGAGAGGCUGUACGCGCGGAAGGAGGAGAUGCUGCGGGAGCUGGGAUGGAUGACGGAGGAGCAGUGGAGGCGAGUGGUGAGGGAAGCGCCGACCGUGCUGAAUCGGACCCCUGACAACGUGAGACAGCAGGUGGAGGGGCUGCGGGAGGUGCUGCACGCUGGCGAGGGCGAGGAGGGCGAUGCAGCUGUCGCGAGAGCGAUACGCAGACGCCCGGAUGUGCUGACUCGUAAAAUCGCGACCCUGUGGGCGAAGCGGGAUGCGGUCGAGAAGCUGGCAGGCACGCUGCUGGGGGAGGUGCGUGAGGGUGCGGGGGUGUCGGGAGGGGACGCGGGGGCGGCGGGAGCAGGGGCGGGCGGGGGCCGCAAGCAGGGAGGGAGGCACGGGGCGUACUGGGCGGAGGCGGGUGCAACUGUGGAGGGUGUGGCAACGAAGAUGAUCGGGGCCGCGCCGCAGCUGCUGACGGCUGCCGAGAAGAGGGUGGCGAAGCGCGCUCGUGAGCUGAUCGAUCUGAUGGAGGGGAGGGUGGGGCGCGCGUGCGCGGCCGGCGUGAUCAUGUCGAAGCCCACGUUGCUAUCGUUGAAUACGGAGAAGUUGGCGGCGAAGUGGAGGCUGCUGGUGUGGGCGUGCGAGCGCUGCGAGGGAUGGCGGGACUGGCUGGACAGCGCACAGGCGGGGAGCAUCGGGACGGUGCUGGCGAGUGGCCUGGAGCGCAUCGCAGUGCUGGUGGUGAUUGUGGACCUGGCGGAGGAGUGGGAGGCGGGGGCGGUGCGGGAGGGCGGGGACAUGGACGAGAAGAAGGCGGCGGUGUGGGCGGCGGCGGCGGAGCUGGUAAGGAAAGCACCAAAAACCUUGGUGGAUAAGUCAAACCUUGAGGGGUCUAAGAGCAGGAAGGGAAUGCUGGAGAGGCUGGGCGUGGACUUGAAGGUGUGGAAGGAGGUGGUGGAGGAGCGGGCGAAGAAGUACGCGGAUGCGGCGGUGUGA